UGCAAGAUGGCGAUAAAGUCUUGAUUGAAAUAAUAAUAGACAAAUGGGUGGAGGUGAAGAAAACAGGUGUUAGUCUGGUAUGGGACAAAUUUAUGAACGAAAAUAUGAUUGAUUACCAUCUUUGUGCGUAUGAACGACGCCCAUCUCAAAAUCUGGUCAAUGAUGAUGACAUCAUUCAUGUUGAAGAUGAUCAUGACAUGACAAAAUCACCAGACUUUUCAAAAUUCCCAAAUCUCGAAAAGUUGAUAUUGAAAGGUUGUGACAACUUGUUUAAGGUUCACUCAUCCAUCGGGGAUCUUGGAAGACUUUCUUUGGUAAAUCUUGAAGGCUGCAUCGACCUAAAGGAUCUCCCGCUGACUUUCUAUAAAUCCAAGUCUAUUGAAACUCUUAUGCUGAAUGGUUGUUCAAGAUUUGGGAACUUGGCUGAUGGCUUAGGGGACAUGGCAUCAUUGACAAUUUUGGAAGCAAAUAAGACAGGCAUCAGACAAAUUCCAUCUUCCAUGGUAAAAUUGAAGAAGUUGAGAAUUUUAUCUCUAUCUGGCUGCAGUUUAACUGAGGAUGCAAUCCCUAAGGAUCUAUGUAGCCUAAUUUCCUUAGAAGAUCUGCUUCUUGAAGCCAAUAAAUUUCGUAGCCUGCCAAGUCUCGCUGGUCUUUCAAAGCUCAAGGUCUUGUGUGUAAAUGCAUGCAAAUUUCUUCGUGCAAUCCCAGAUUUACCAACCAAUUUGCAUGUUCUGAAAGCAAAUGACUGCCCAGAAUUGGAAACAAUUCCAGAUUUUCAAAAAUGUGGAAUAUGAGAGAAUUGUAUCUAAGUGAUUCGUUGAAACUCACUGAGGUUCCAGGCUUGGAUAAAUCAUUAAACUCCAUGACAAGGAUUCAUAUGGAAGGCUGCACCAAUCUCACUGCCAGUUUUAGGAACAACAUCCUACAGAGAUGGACUUCUUGCGGAUUUGGUGGAAUUUAUUUGAAUGGAAUUUAUGAUAUUCCUGAGUGGUUCAAAAUCCCCAAUGAUGUGGGCUAUAUCGUCUUCAUUGAAGUUCCUCAAAGAAACAUGGGUCGUGAUUUAAAAGGGUUGACUAUAUGCUUCGUUUACUCUUCAUACAGGUCAAAACUCGUAGAUUCUGAAGUUCCUAUUUGCAUUAUUGUUAGAAAUCUUACCAAACGAACUGCUUUGCACACCAAGAUAGCAUUUGCCUCCUCAACAACUUACAAAAGACCAGAAGACCAUUUGUUUUGGUGGACACUCGGACAAAGUACUGCUUUGCACUCCCGGAUAGCAUUUCCCUUGGUAGAAACUUGCAGUAAACCUGAAGACCAUUAUCUUUGGCAGGGACAAUUGUCAAACGAUGUGCUCCGUUUGGAAGGCGGGGACGAAGUCCUCAUUCUUGUAAGGCCUGAUGAUGUUGACUUUGUGAGAGUGAAGAAGACAGGGGUUCAUCUAGAAUGGGACAAAGUCAUGAAGGAAAAUAAAUCGGAUCGUCAUUUGUAUGAUUGGGAAACAAAUGGGGAUUUUUGAGGGGAGUUGAUGAGUCCAUUUCAAGAAAUUGUUGUCACUGAGAUGAAUGGUAACCGUACUGAGCAA